AUGGAAGCGGCGCUGCGGCGGCGCCUGGACCAGCGCCGUGGACGCGCUGCAGCGGACGUGGACACAGAAGGGCGCACGUCAGAAGCAGACCGCACCAACGCCGGCAUCACCGUCCACAUCUACGAUGUGACUGGUAACGGCGCCGUUCAGCAGCUCAAUCAGGUGUUCCGGGCAGCUGGCACCGGUGCCUUCCAUGCAGGUGUCGAAGUCUAUGGUCGAGAGUACAGCUUCGGCUACUGCGAUGAAGGCUCUGGGAUCUUCGACUGUGAGCCCAAGGAGUGCAGCAGCCACAGCUACCGCGAGGCAGUUGACAUGGGCUUUACGGCUCUGAGUUGCGACGAGGUGAGGUCUGUCCUUGGCAGGCUGGCCUUGGACUGGCCGGGCACUGGAUACGAUCUUCUCCGCAGGAACUGCUGCAGUUUCUGCAACUUCCUCUGCAUCGAGCUGGGCGUUGGGCCGAUGCCAGCCUGGGUCUCGAACCUGGCAGCUGCCGGCGCAUCCCUCAGCGAUGCUGCGGAGAACCUGCGGCGGCGCGCUGCAGAGGUAGGCGGCGACCUGCAUCUUCAGACUCCAGCUGCGGAGGAGAUUGCAGCUGAACUUGGCUCCUGGGUUCAUCGUGCAGCCGAGCAGGUCAAGAUGCUGGACGAGGCAAACCAGUUCUCAAACCGUGCGCAGGAACUGGCGGAAGAAGCCGGCAACCAGGUCCGAGCGCUUGAUGAGUCCCAUGGCCUUAGCCAGAAGGCUGCUGCCUUGGUGGAAGCUGCGACUGUCCACAGCGAGGAUGCAGAGCAUCCUGGCUCCAAGAAGCCGGGUUGCAGUGCUGUUCGUCAAUUGGUGUUUAGUCAUGUGCUUUCCUGGUUGACGAAGUACGGCAUCCCAUGA